AUGCUACUGAGUUUUGCAAUCCCGGCAGGCGUAACCGACGGGCGUCGAGCCAAAAAGCGAAUGGAUAAUUUCAAUCUCAGAAUUGAAGAAAUUGAAUUCAAUAACCACGGUGGUGAUUGGCUUCAAGGCCCAUAUGUUUAUGCAUUGUAUGAAAGUUAUAGUAUUCCAAAACAUGAAAUUGAAAUAUUGUUCAUCGCUGGAUUUGGAUCAUCAAUGAUAUUUGGAACAAUCGUUGCGUCACUGGCAGAUAAAUAUGGCCGACGAAAUACAUGUCUUAUGUACGGUAUAUUAUACGGUUUGUCUUGUAUUACAAAGUCUUUUCUUCUGCGUUUUGUAGCACUUUCCAAAUUUUCAUGUAUUGUUCGCCGGUCGGUUAUUGGCUGUGCUCCAUUCGAUAGUGCUAUUAUAUCAUUUAUUGCCAUGUGUAUUCUUCUUGUAACAACAUGGUCAGAGAAUCAUGGGGAUGCUAAUGCACCAAUAUCACAAUCAUUCAUAUCGGCAUGGAAUGCUAUCAUGUCUGAUAAGAAAAUCUUCUUACUUGGAGCUGUGCAAGCUUUAUUUGAAGCAUCAAUGUAUGUUUUUGUUUUGGAAUGGACUCCAGCACUAACACAAGCUUUAAAUAAGCCAGUUAAUUUAACCGAUAAUAAAAAUCCGCCCAUUCCACAUGGUUACAUAUUUGCUUCCUAUAUGGUUGCCAUGAUGAUGGGUUCGAACUCAUUCAAAUUGUUAUGCAGCUAUAGAACACCAGAAUCAUUUAUGAGAUCUAUAAUCAGUAUUUCGGCGCUUUGUAUAAGUAUUCCAGUUCUUAUGCCUUCGGCACAAGUAACAAUGUUUAUUGCAUUUCUUAUAUUUGAAUUUUGUAUUGGCGUUUUUUGGCCAGCAAUGGCAACAAUGCGAAGCAAAUACGUUCCUGAAGAAGCUCGGUCAACAAUAAUGAAUUACUUCCGUGUACCAUUGAAUCUUAUUGUUGUUGUUAUACUCUUGAAAGAUCUAAAACUGGCAGUUAUAUUUACAAUUUGUGUAUUCUUCUUGGUUUUGGCUGUUCUCGCCAUGUUUGUUUUACAUAAACUAACAUUGCGGUCAACGCAACCCUCGCCUGCAACAAGUGUAUUAGCACAAGACAAACAUCAGAUGAUAGGUAAUGACUCUAAAUUAUUGAGUGCUGAUACUGAUGGUCAAUUGCAAGCAACAGCCUCCAUGGCUUAA